UAUAUUCACUCACCUAUCAUCUUCAUAUUCUGAGAUAUAUUGUGAAACAAGGAUACGAGAAUGGUCUCGUUGCUCUUCGUUGUGACUGUUUAUCUUGCCGUUUGCGGAGGAAUCAAUGCAAAUGCUCAAGCUGGAUCUCUGUUAAGGAACUCCAUCAGACAUCAACCCGCCGCAUCCAACCAGAGUGAUGCGGUCAGCCCGAGCCCGCGCGUAACCGGCACCGAGGACAGCGGCGGGCCGGCGUUACCAGACUGCUCGGUUGAUUCUGAGUGCAGACUCGGUGAGUUCUGUAACGGGUCCCGGGGAGUCUGUCUGUCCUGUCGCAGGCGGAGGAAGCGCUGCGCACGAGACGGGAUGUGCUGCGGAGGAAACAAAUGCAUUAACGGUGUGUGCCAACCUGCUGAUAUACAUGCCACUCAACAGGCUGGCAAAAUGGACGUGCCUACUGUAGCAGUAACACGAGGGCAGAACUUCACUAUGAUGCCACAUCCAAAAAGAAACACAGUCCUGACAAGACCACAGCAGUCACUGAAAGGUGGCGAAGGCGAGACGUGUUUGCGGUCCUCCGAUUGUCUGGAAGGCCUGUGCUGUGCCCGGCACUUCUGGUCACGCAUCUGUAAACCCGUGCUGACGGAAGGGCAGGUGUGCACGCGUCACAGGAGGAAAGGUACCCACGGUCUGGAGAUUUUCCAGCGCUGCGACUGCGGUGUCGGUCUGUCCUGCAGGGGCCAGAGAGAGAAAGUAGGAGCAGAAACCAGAAACCUGCAUACCUGCCAACUGCGCUGACCCCGCAGACGCAGGAACCGCUCUGUGCGCCACACGACACAUGCACGCAUGCAUGCAGACACACGUGCAGCUGUGACAAAUGAGAACUGACUCCACGGAAGGAUGCGCCAUUAAAAGGACCGAUCGUAUUUCCCGGACGGUCGCAGAGAAACUGCAGCGUAUGGAUGUUUCUAUUGUACACUCUGCUAUGUAAGACUUUAUUUCCUGGAUCAUCACAAAAGGCAGAUUGCUUUUGUUUCCCUUUAUAAGGAACCUUUUAUUCUUCUUGCAGUAAAUUACUGUAUUGUAAAUACGUAGUCAGAAAUUGCACUUAACACUGAGCAUAUGGAUUCUAUAAUGGUAUAUUUUAUGAUUCACAUAUUGUAAAUGUGCAAACAGUAUGAUUUAAUUGUUAUCGGUACUCUGUUUUUUAUUUUAAGGAAACUGUAAAGAUAUUUGUGUGAUUAAAAUAUAUCAUUGAAGUAA